GAACCAUUCUCAUUGCUAUUUAAAUGAGUUUGAUCCUAAAUAUUCCUGUCUAACUUAAGCCUAUGUAUCGAUUCAAACGACUUCAUUUUCCACCUUUUACAUCUAUUUUCACCUACAUCUAUUUCAGAUAUCCGUCUUGGCUUACAGGUGCUCCACAUGGUUCUAUAUUGCCCUACGUCUGGGGGAAAACCGGUAAUGAUUCCUCUUGGUCGACGGAUGAGGGCGCCCUUAGUGACGUCAUAAUGACGUAUUGGACCAACUUUGCCAAAUACGGAUCGCCGAAUCAGAACUCUGCAGUCGCAUGGCCUGAUUAUGAAGAAGCGAGUCAGAAGUAUCUCCACCUUCAGGUUCCAGACAUCGUCGCUCGUCAAGCCUACCGCACCCCAAAGGUGGACUUCUGGCUCAACUGGCUACCAGAACUCACCGAGUUCAUCAGCCAAUGUGAUGCGGAAGAGACAGUUGAAUGUGAAGGUGUAGUCGUGGGAGGAACCGUUGGUAUCACUGCUUCUGAGGCUGGAGAUGUGAUACUUGUCUUACUGAUUGUACUUGCUGUUCUUGGUCUUCUGUGCAUUGUGUUGCUGACUACCACCUGUGCGUACAGGGAGAGGUCGAAGUCACUCUCGCGUACCCUGACGGGGGACACCGAGAUGGCGCUUAAGUCGUGGGGGAACGCUUCCUCGAGUCUACCGUCUACCAUCGCUGUAUCAGUGCCUUUCCCUAUGGACGAUCUACCCCCACCACCACCAGCUCUCAUGGACACUGACGACACUAAGCCUCUCAUCCCAGAAAGUCAAACACCUUCAGAGAGUCAGAAAGAAGAGGCGGACUACGAAAACAUCAUCGACGACGAGGAAGUCAGACAGGCACUUGAUCAUAUUGAUGCCGUCGUAGACAAUGCAGAAACGGCUUCGGUCGACCUUGGAGAUGGUGGACAGCCCAGCGAUGACCAGAAACCAAAGAUAGAUGAAGAGAAGGAAGAGGAGCCAGAAAAUGAAGAACCGGCCCUUGAGGAUGAGGUUCCAAAGAACGAAGAGGCAGGCACCAUGGAGGAUGAGGCACCAAAGAACGAAGAGCCAACUGUUGAGGAUGAUGUACCGGUACCACAGGAGGACGAGGUUCCGGCUUCUUAGAUAACACCUGAGGAGACAAAAUGAGGCUUUAAGAAGUCGUGUCGUCUGGAAGCGAUUGAUUAGCUUCAAAC